GCUGGCUCUGAGCUUCAGUCAGUUCAAACAGCAGCACAGGUGAGCAGCCUGAGAACCUCCCUUCUGGCUCCCUGAUUCCAGAAGGGAUCCUGUGUGUAACAAGACUCCUCCAGCUCAGCAGGGAGCCCAGGAUGUCUCUGAAGGCUGUGGUCCUGACCCUGGCCCUGGUGGCUAUCACUGGUGCUCAGGCUGAGGUCAGUGCCGACCAGGUGGCCACUGUGGUGUGGAACUAUUUCAACGAGCUGAGCAGCAAUGCCAAGGAGGCUGUGGAACAUUUCCAGAAGUCUGAGCUCACCCAGCAGCUCAACUCCCUCUUCCAGGAAAAACUUGGGGAAGUGAAUGACUACGCGGCUGACCUGCAGAAGAAGCUGGUGCCCUUCGUCACAGAUCUGCACGAACGCCUGACCAAGGACUCUGAGAAGCUGAAGGAGGAGAUUCGGAAGGAGCUGGAGGAGCUGCGGGCGCAGCUGCUGCCCCAUGCCGACGAGGUGAGCCAGAAGAUUGGGGACAACGUCCGCGGGCUGCAGCAGCGCCUGGGGCCCUACGCAGAUGAGCUGCGCACCAAGGUCAACACACAGGCUGAGCACCUGCGGAGCCAGCUGACUCCCUACGCGCAGCGAAUGGAGACUGUGCUACGUGAGAAUGCGGGCAACUUGCACACCUCGAUGACACCCUUCCUCGAUGAGCUCAAGGUCAAGAUCGACCAGAACAUGGAGGAACUCAAGGGGCACCUCACGCCCUACACGGACGAGCUCAAGGUCAAGAUCGACCAGAACAUGGAGGAGCUGCGCCGCAGCCUGGCUCCCUAUGCGCAGGACGUCCAGGAGAAGCUCAACCGCCAGCUGGAGGGCGUGGCCUUUCAGAUGAAGAAGAACGUAGAGGGGCUGAAGGCAAAGAUGUCGGCAGAUGUGGAGGAGCUGCGGCGGAGGCUGGUGCCCGUGACCGAGGACCUGCGUGGCAAGCUGAGCGGCAAUACCGAGGGGGUGCAGAAGUCACUGGCCCAGCUGAGCAGCAGCCUGGAGCGGCAGGUGGAAGAAUUCCGCCGCGCUGUGGGGUCCUAUGGGGAGAACUUCAACAAAGCCUUGGUGCAGCAGGUGCAGGAGCUCAAGCAGAAGCUUGGUCCCCAGUCGAGGGAUGUGGAAGACCACUUGAGCUUUCUGGAGAAGGAUCUGAGGGACAGGGUCAACUCCUUCUUUAGCACCCUCAAGGAGAAAGAGAGCCAGGACAAGCCCCUGGCACUCCCAGAGCAGGAGCUGACAGUGGCCCUGGCAGAGAGCUGAGCUGCCCCUGGUGCUCCAACCCCAUCACUGACACCUGUCCCACCACCUGUCUGUGUCCCAAAGCAAUUCUUCUACGUGCUUGAGGAUACAUGUCCUGUGGCAAGUGACACUAUCUCUUGCUACUCAAUAAAACUGCUGAGAAACUAA